CCCCUCUUUAUCGAGCAGCGGCCCUCGACGAUCCGCUCGGCGCCUCGCUAGGGUUCCUGCGUGCGUGAUCAUUGGACGAUCGACAGGGGAAUCGAGGGGCUUCUGUUCCCUCUUGUACGGGUACAUAUUGGGCAGCAGAUCGAAUAGGAAAUCGGAAUCAAGAAACACAAGGGAACUCCAUGUUAGCCCCGAUUUUGUCGCUCCCGGCCCCGCCCGCUGAUGGAAACCUCGGCCCGAUUCCCCUUGCCCAGGUCUCGAAUGAUUCCUCCGCCAAUAAGUCGCAAGAACAGAAAGAGCAGUCCCCUCCUGCGCCGGCUCCGGCACCAGUCGCGACGCAUACGAGAACGAUCGGUAUCAUCCACCCUCCACCUGAUAUUCGAGUGAUCAUAGACAAGACUGCAGCUUUCGUCGCCAAGAACGGCCCCGAGUUUGAAAAGAGGAUUCUUGCCAACAAUGCCGGCAACAACAAAUUCAACUUUUUGACUGCUUCGGACCCUUACCAUGCCUACUACCAGCACAAGGUAUCGGAGCACCGCGCCCUGGUCCAGGCUGCCCCUCAGCAGCCAUCCGAAGACUCCUCUCAGCCAUCAGAACCUGCCCCCGCACCUUCUGAUGGCUCGGCUGCCCCCGCAGCUGCAACUGCACCUCCUGAAGAGGCUACAGCCAAGGUUGACCUUGCAGCUCAGUUUAGAGUUCCUCCAAAGAAGGUUCUUGAGCCCCCUGAGGCCGAGCAGUACACAGUUAGGCUCCCAGAAGGGAUCACUGGGGAGGAGUUGGAUAUCAUUAAGCUCACUGCACAGUUCGUUGCUCGGAAUGGGAAGAACUUCUUGACAAACCUCACAAGCCGAGAGAUGAGCAACCCGCAAUUCCAUUUCUUGAAGCCAACCCACAGCAUGUUCACAUUCUUCACGACUCUUACAGAUGCAUACUCAAAGGUGCUGAUGCCUCCAACGGGACUGACAGAAAAGCUGCGGAAAAGCACCAGUGAUUUGACUACAGUGCUCGAGAGGUGUUUGCACCGUCUUGACUGGGAGCGGUCUCAGGAACAAGCUAGGCAGAAGGCUGAGGAUGAGAUCGAGCAAGAAAGGCUGCAAAUGGCCAUGAUUGAUUGGCAUGAUUUUGUUGUUGUUGAAACCAUUGAGUUUGCUGAUGAUGAGGAUGAGGAGCUGCCCUUACCAAUGACAUUGGAUGAAGUCAUUAGGAGGAGCAAGAUAUCGUCAUUGGAUGAGGAGGAACCAAUGCAAACAGUUGAACCAGGGAAGGAGAUGGAGAUGGAGAUGGAUGAAGAUGAGAUGCUGCUUGUGGUGGAAGGCAUGAAGGCUACAGGACUUGACAAGAAUGGUGCGGAUGAGAAAAAGAGAGAAGCAAGGGCAUCCGGUGAUGAGCCUGAGCCUCCUAUGAGGAUAGUGAAGAACUGGAAGAGACCUGAGGAGAGGAUAGCUGCUGAAAGAGAUCCAACCAAGUUUGUGAUUUCACCAAUUACCAAUGAGCUUAUUCCUAUUAAUGAGAUGGCCGAGCACAUGCGCAUUUCACUCAUAGACCCCAAAUACAAGGAGCAGAAAGAGAGGAUGAUGGCCAAAAUCCGGGAGACAACUCUUGCUCCGGAUGAUGAGAUCUCUAGGAAUAUUGUUGGGCUUGCACGAACUCGUCCCGAUAUUUUUGGUACCACUGAAGAAGAAGUCUCCAAUGCUGUCAAGGCAGAGAUUGAGAAAAAGAAAGAUGAGCAGCCAAAGCAGGUCAUAUGGGAUGGGCACUCAGGCAGUAUUGGACGCACUGCCACCCAAGCCUUAUCACAGGGUUUUUCUGGUGAGGAACAAACUGACGCUAAUAACAAUGAUUUGAGGACACUUCCAGGUCCUGCACCUGCACCAAGACCUGGGGUACCAUUUGUCCGCCCACUACCUCCACCACCUGGAUUGGCGUUAAAUAUUCCUCGAUUCCCCCCAAACCAAGUCCAAUAUUCUGUUCCUGCUGCUGGUGGGGGUCUUGUUGCACCUCCAAGGCCUGGAAUCAUCCCAAUGAUUCCAUCCAUGAGGCCUGGACCUUCACCUAUGCCUAUGACCUCGUCAUCGCAGCAUGUUAUGAUGGGUCAGCAGCCAUUAUCUCAAUCAAUUAUGGUGAACCCUCCCAAUAUCCCUGUACCUCCACCUCCUGGAUCCCAGUUCACACCAUUGGUAGUUCCUCGACCUUUUGUUCCAUUGCCUAUGCCACCGCCUAACAUGCCAAUGGUUCCCCCGCCACCUCCACCACAAGGAAUGCCGCCACCUCCUCCCCCAGAGGAAGCUCCACCGCUACCAGAUGAACCUGAACCAAAACGGCAAAGAGUCGAUGAUGUUUCACUCAUGGCAGAGGAUCAGUUCCUUGCCCAGCAUCCGGGAUCCAGCCGGAUUUCUGUAUCUGUUCCAAAUGUGGAUGAAGGAAACUUGAAAGGUCAGCUUCUGGAGAUUGCAGUACAGUCUUUAUCCGAGACUGUUGGCAGUCUUAAGGAGAAGAUUGCGGCAGAGGUUCAGCUUCCUGCUAAUAAACAGAAACUGAGUGGUCGCGCUGGUUUUCUCAAGGAUAAUCUUACCCUUGCUUAUUAUAACAUUGGCCCUGGAGAAACUCUAACCCUUGCUCUGAGGGAACGUGGUGGGAGAAAGAGAUAAGCUUUUUGUCAAACAAGCAGAACUUUUCUUCGUCCAGUUAUUCUCAUAUGUUAGUUAUCUGAGAUUAUAAAUCUGUUGGGAUGUAAUUCAUAAUAUUAGACUUACGUUCUUGCUAGUUUGAUGCUUGAAACUUAUCUAUGCUGAUGAACUUUAUGGUUUUGUAAUGCAGAUUUACAAUUCGGAUGA